AUGGCAACUCUGCGAAAACGAAGAGCUGCCAGAAAAGUCACAAAUACUGAUUAUGAAUAUGAAAUAGGUACGUUGAGCGAACAAGAGAUCAACGUAAGUUCACAAAAUACUAUUGUGAGCGAACAAAAUGAUAGCGACUUUGGUUAUCAUGAAGAAACACCAGCGCCACAAACACAAACACCAGCACCAGAACCAGCCAACGAAGGUGAAGAGGGAGACAGCAAUCAACAUGAAGUUGUUGUUGUUCAGGAAGGGGAACAAAGUUGUUCAGAAGAAAACGAACCCGACCAGUCACCGAGGGCAAAGUGGCUACGAAAAUGGAAAAGAUCAGACCCAGGACUUUGUUGCGUUUGUAUAGAUGAAGAUGCAACCAAAGAAAAUGUUCUUGUUUACUGUGAUGGCAAAGAAUGUGAUGUAGUCGUACAUCAAGACCCAUGGUACUGUGAUCGUUGUAUUGCGAUGCCUUCGGAAGCAGUGCACUGCGUCUUGUGUCCCAAUGACAAUGGAGCUUUUCGAAAAGUAAGGGCUUCUUGUGAUCCUAAUGAUCCAUUGGUUUGGAUACACAUUUUAUGCGCAUUUUGGAUGCCGGGCAUGCAUAUUGGUUCGGCUCUUGACUUGAGAGACAUUCAAGUCGUGAAUGUCGAUCCAAAGAACUGGGGUAAAAAAUGCAACGUCUGUAACAGUGAUGAAGGAGCGUCAAUACAUUGUGAUGCUGGACAGUGUAAGAAUUGGAUUCACGCAACGUGUGCGGUGUCCUUUGGGCUCACCGAAUACUUGGAAGAACAGGACAUCUCGGACCCGUAUUUUAUCUACUGCAGACUACAUGGGUCAGGUGAUCAACCUCGGAAAAGCAAAGUCGAAAGGUGGAUCCGAAAGCGAGACAUGUUCCUUGAGGACGAAUCCUCCAGACGCUGGAAAGAGCGUAGUUCUCAAUUCCAGGACGGGGAGCCCGGUGGAAAUAUUCGAGAAAUUUUCGAAGAUACGUAUGCUGAGUACACCUCACAACGCGAGAAACGAAUUACGGAUAUCCGGCGACGAUUCGUGCGGCUAUCAUCAAAAUAUAGCGCUCUUCUUGAAACGAAGGAAAAGACAAUAAACAACGCAAUAGAUUUUCGGGUAAAGAUCCCUAUUGCGAAGGCCGAACAAAAUGCCUUAAAAAAUUAUUUUGAUAAAGCAAGUAAGGCCGUUAUAUCUUUGGUCCCACAAAUGCGGAACAUUAAUGUCGAGACUAGUGACGAGGCAAUGAAAAUCGAAAACUUAAUGGAAACGAUGACGAGUAUUGCCAAGAUUCGUUGGACUACAGAAGCAAGAACAACCGCAAAAACCAUCAAAGUAAGUCAGCUUAACACACACGAGGUGAGAUCCUUAAACAUCAAAAGUGUUGUUAAAGCAUUGGCCAAAGCGGCUAAAGAAGAGAAAGAAAGGGCUCGUCAAAAAGGGCGACGAGGUGGAUUCAAGGGUAGGGGCAGGCCCAAGGCACCAAUUAAAGUAAAAGAGAGGGCCGUGGGUCAAAAAGAAACUCCGGAAGGCGAUGAAGGUGGAGAACAACGAUCACCUAAGAGAACAACAAGAUCUCGGGUCGCAAGUGUCAAAAGAAAGUCAAAGCAAAUCGAAGAUGAAAGUGGCAAUCAAAAAGAUACGGAAUCAGCAGAAAAAACCAACGCGCCUAAAAAAUUAUCAAAAGCUCGGUUGAAGUUCAUUAGGCGAGAUGACAAGUUAGCAGCAGGAAUUGCAAAGAGAGGACCAAAAAGAAAGCGUGAAGAAGUAGGAACUUUCGAAGAUACAACCCAAAACCCAACAAAUAUUAAUCCUGAAGAUCAUACGGAAUUAUCAAAGAAAAAGCGAGUCCAAGAAAAUCUUUCUACGAAUUCUCAAUCAACCGAUAUGGUUGAGGUUCAAGCAAGUCAAGUAAACACUGAGACAUCAACCGUUUCAUCAAAGAGAAACACCAGACAAGGUAAAAGGAAGCGAACUUCAGAUGUUCCAUUUGAAAACACCGUCGAAGGAGACGAACAGAUUCAAUCCAAUAAUAGCGAUCAAGUUAAAGCUGACGAAGUCACAGAGCCCAUUCCAGCAAAGAGACAAUACAAGAGAUCGAGAAAACCCGCUAAUAAAGAAAAGAGCGAAAAAACAUCAAAGAGUACUUACAAUGAUCAAGAAGUUUCAUCUCCCGCCCAAGAUGAGCAAACAUCAGAAACAGUUCAAGAUAGUCCGUCCACGACUUCCAAUGAAACCAUGAGCACGUGCAAACCUAAUGAGCCGGUCUUGGUAACUAGAGUUGAACCAAAAAUGGUCUUCAAAAGAAGGCGACGACGUAAAGUAGCUCCGGCUAGUCCCAAACCAAAACCAAAACUUCGUCCCAUUGCACCAAAGGAUGGUUUUCCUGUUGUUCUCAAUAUCGGCAAACACAAAAAUCCUGAAAGUGAAGAUAUAGAAUAUACAACUAAUGACGUUAUAGAAAGUACUCCAACCUCCUGUGAAAGUUUUAGCAUUAGUACAAUUACACCUGAAUUUAUAACCCAACAUGACAGUAUCAACAUAAUCAAUGAAGAUAUCUCCUUUAACAAAAGAAGCGGUGGACUUCUUGGUAUUAGCAAUUUACUAAAUCCUGUAGAUGACUCUCCUUCAAGCACUUCAACUAUCUUUGAUACGUAUGCUCACACUUAUUUUUAUGAGGCUACUAAAAAUUAUAACGAUAGUAAUGACUGUUUGUAUCAGAAAUCUAUUCCCAGUAACAACGUUGUAUCAGCUCAAAGCAUCGGAUAUGGCAGUACUACUGAUACCAGUGCGGACACACCUCCUCUCCAACAGAGAUACUUUAUGGCAGAUCUAAGUCCCAAUCAAAUGACGUUUGGAGUUCCAUCGACGACACACGCAAGUAUUAGUGAAAGUAGAUCAAAUACAUUUACAAAUUCGUAUGUUGACCAAGGAGAACUUAAUACACCUUUUUCGAAUCCUUUUAUUGUCCGUACCACAAAUUAUACGCCUUUUGUUCCGACGAAUCAAACGGAUACUAGUACUUUUACAAAUUCAUAUGUACCAACGAACCAAAAUGAUUCGAUUCCGACGUUUACAAGUUCCUAUGAAGGCACCAGCACAUUCAAUAAUGUGACAAGCAAUGUCCAAACACCAGCCGGGAAUACUUCUAAUAUCAAUGGAUUAGAUGCACUUGUCACAGCGGCUGAAUUUGUUGAAAGAAUUCCCGGAUCUUCAGAACUUACGCCAUUUCAAAUAGAUGAUGAUGACGACGAAAUCCAGGAUGAAGCAACGGAAGAAACUUUGCAGGAUCAAUCUCAAAUUCAUGAUGCUCACGAUGACUUAUUUUAUAAUGAAUCAUGCACUAUUGACAACGAAACAUUUGGAUCGUCAGAAGAGACGUCAGAAGACAAUGAUGCCCAAAAUGUAGAAACCGUUGUUGUUCAACCACAAGAUGAAGAUUCGAAGGAAGGAUCAGUUACAUCAACACAGGAAACACAGGAUAUGGCAAAUACUCCAGAUACGGCGGAUACGGCGGAGACUGCAAUUAGUGAAGAACAGCUUACGCCUGGACAAUACACUGGCACAAAGUUGAGAAGAAAACGAGGACCAGUUACUGGAACAAGGAAGAAAGCUGGACGAAAACCAAAAGUCAAGGCUGUAGAGGAAGAAAUUAUACAGCCUCGAACACCUAUACCACAACCAAAUUGUACAGUGUGCCAACUCGUAAUUCCGCCGGCAAACGACCAACCUUCAGCGACCUAUAUCACACCAAAUCGUGCAAGAGAGUCAAUGUUACAUAAAGGAAGAGACAAAGUCAACCGAAUGGUGCGUUGUGGAUACUGUAGCAAUUGGUACCAUUUAGCCUGCAUGGUCCCUCCUAGGCGUACAAUGCCCACGGGCGGGUAUAUUUGGCGAUGUGCAGAUUGCGACCAUCCAUCUGGUGCUAACUCCACGGGUGAUGAACCUUCUGGUCAUUCGACCCCCGCAAGUUCCACCAAAAAGUGGAACUUGAGAUCUGCGACCAAAUAG